AUGGCUCUGGACAGGACCUCUGAGAUCUUGUCUGCUCGUGGUGUGUGCAUGCCGCAUCACCUAGUGGUGCAGACAGACAAUACAGCACGCGAGCAGCGCAACCAGCACACGGUCCUAGCUUUCGCAGAUUUGGUCUGUCGUGGGAUAUUCGAGUCUGUGACCCAGAACUAUUUUCAAGUCGGACAUAGUCAUAACGAAUGUGAUCAACGCUUUGUUGCGGUGGCCUCUUGUCUGUCUUCUUGCCGAACACUGCAGACUCCGGAAGAGUUUGCGCGGUGCAUCAGGGAGAAAUGCCGUGCGUCACGCAACAGGCACAUGGAGGUGGAGGUUGUGGAUGGCUGGCACGACUGGCAGAGCAGGAUGAAGGCAGCCAAGGCAAGCGUCUCGGGCCUGGCUAUUCAGUCCAAAGGCCAGGAUGUCUGUCACAGCUUCCGGUUCCUGCGGCGUUCAGCCUUGAAGAACAUCCCGGGCUUCACUGCAGAUGCGUGCCAUGGCCUGGCCUCUCCAAAGGACUGCUUCCUCCUCUGCAAGCGGUCCAUGCAUGACGUGCAAGUGGCCCAGGAUCCGUUGCUGCUUCUUUCUGCUGCACAGUCCCGGGAUCUCUCAUCGGAUUUGCAGACACUGCCACGUGCACAGCUGGGAGAGCGGGCGCUGAAGGAGUUCCAGAAGACAGCAAGCCGCGUGGAGGCAUCUGUGCUCGACUUCGUCUUUCAGGAUGGUAGAGUGGACCAGUUAAUGACUGUGAGCCCCGAUCUCAUCGCGGAGCUGGCCAAUUUCAGACCAGGCCUCCCUCGCCCUGUUGCUGUGCGUUUUGGGCCUCGGAGCAUGCCCCCGUUGCCGCGGCCUCUUGUGCGUGGCACACUCUCGGAGUCCGAAGAAGAGGACAUGAUCGGUGCCCUAGGCCCACGUGCUAGGGCAGGCAAGGCCACAGGGUCCCGUCCAGCCAAGAGGGCCAGACCUGCAGCUGUUGAACCUGCCCCAGAGGCCUGGCAGGCUUCACUGGUGGAAACCAUGGAGCAUGCAAAGCUGGCAGGUGAGGACAGGGCACAUCUACAGGCAAAGUCCCCUCCAGAUCCUGAGCCCCCGCUGCCUGCAGACAUGGACUGGGAAUCUGGCUUGGCACAGACGAUCUUCGGUCCUACAUGGGCUGCGGAUCUGACACCUCCACGUCGAAAGACCCUGGUCGAGGGAGGAGGUGUUGAACACAGCCCGAGGAAGCUGUCACCUCCGAAGUCCAAUCCGCCGCUUCCCCGACCUCCCAAGUUCUUGGAGGAUGACGAAGACUCUCUUCCGGGCAACUUCGUUGCUGUCAAGCAAGAGGAGCCAGAAGUUCCGCUUCCGGCAGCGGCGGCCAUUGUGGAGCCAGAUGUUGCUGUGAAGCCAGAGGAGCCAGAAGUUCCGCUUCCGGCAGCGGCGGCCAUUGUGGAGCCAGACGUUGCUGUGAAGCAAGAGGAGCCAGAAGUUCCACUUCCGGCAGCGGCGGCCAUUUCGGAGCAAGACGUUGCAAUUCCGUUGCCGAGUAUCUUCCUGGACGAUGACAAUGACGUCGUGGGAGAGAUGUCUGCACCGGAAAAGUUCGAUGCAUCCCUUCCGGAACUUCCAGACCCUGGAUCGGCUUCCGUUGCCAAGGCCAUGGCAGUUGUGAAUUCAAGCCCCAGAAACCUCAAGCAUUCCAAAGCACAUGCGGCCCGCCAGCUGCAGGUGAUGAAGCAGGGCAAGGUGGGCAAGACCGGAGCAUGCAAGGCCAAGCCGAAAACUGCUGCAGUAGGCAAGGCGACAGCCAAGGCUGCAGCAGGCAAGGCGAAAGCGAAGGCUGCAGUGGGCAAGGCAAUUGUGCACAGAGCCUCGACCAUCAUGAAGCAGGACAAGCUGGGAUGUAGCAAGUGCAAUCAUACAUCAUGCAAGCGGUGCAUCGCACUCCAUGAGCUUUGGAAGACGCAGUAUGGGAAUGCCUAG